AUGAGCGUCGGAGUGAAUGGAGGCCGUUUUGAUUUUGAUGACGGCGGUACCUAUUGUGGAGGAUGGAAUGAUGGAAAAGCGCAUGGACACGGUGUAUGUACAGGACCAAAAGGACAAGGUGAAUAUUCGGGCGCAUGGCAAUACGGCUAUGAAUUUUCGGGCAUCUAUUUAUGGCCGUCGGGAAACUCUUAUGAAGGACAAUGGAUGAGUGGAAAAAGGCAUGGACUGGGUGUUGAAAAGAAAGGCAGAUGGGUUUAUAAAGGCGAAUGGACACAAGGCUUUAAAGGACGUUAUGGUAUUCGCAUAUCAGAAAUAUCAGGAGCUCGAUAUGAGGGUACAUGGGCGAAUGGACUUCAAGAUGGUUAUGGCGUUGAAGUAUAUGCAGAUGGUGGUGUUUAUCAUGGACAAAUACAGCAAGGUCUUCGUCAUGGUUUCGGUAUACGACGAAGUGUACCCUAUGGUUUAGCAUCACGUUAUCGAUCGAAAGAUGUACGAGAUUCGUUAACGUCACUUCGUUCUGAAGAUGAUGAAGAACGAAUACAACGUGAACGAGACAGACGAAUGGAUGAAAAUCGUGGUGGAUUUGUUCUUCGUUCAAGAUCAGAUCCACAUGAUUUAUCAUCACGUAGUGCUAGUCAAGGUGCACAUCGUGGCUCCCUAUCAAAUAGUGCUGAUCGUCGUUCAUCUUUACGUAAAACUCUUCUAUCAAAAUUACGUAAACAGAAAUCAACCAGUGAUAUCGAAGAUAGAUCGGUAACAAAAAAAACAAGUUCAUUUCGUUCAACAGCAAGUUCAACAAGUGGUGAUUCAAAACAUUCAGUUAAGACAGCUACAAUGAUAUCAUCACACGGCAAUACACCCAAUUCCACAGGUACACUUGAUGAUGGUGAACAUUCAUUUAUAUCUCAAGAAGAUAUACUUGACAAUAAUGUUGUUGAAACAUACAUGGGUGAAUGGAAAUCUGAUAAACGUAGUGGAUUUGGCAUAGCUGAACGUUCCGAUGGUUUAAAAUAUGAAGGUGAAUGGUUUAAUAAUAAGAAGAAUGGUUAUGGAGUUACAACAUAUCGUGAUGGUUCUAAGGAGGAGGGAAAAUAUAAAAAUAAUAUUCUAGUAACUGACAAACGUAAACCAAGUAAAUUAUUUUUACUUCGUUCAUCGAAACUUCGUGAUAAACUCGAUGCAGCUCUCAAUAGUGCAAUGAAGUCAGCAACAAAUGCACAGCAAAAAGCUGAAAUUGCAAUGGCUAGAGCAAAUAAUGCUCGUUCGAAAGCUCAUUCAGCCGAAAUUUAUGCUAAACAAGCUCGAAAUGAUAGUGUUGAAGCUCGAGUAAGCGCAAAAACAGCAGCACCCGAUUUCCGUCAACCAGGAGAAGAAAAACCACAAUCAUUCAUUACAUUAGAUAUUGACCGACAAAUCGAUGGAAAAUUAAUAACUGCUAAUCAUACUAGUACAAAUCCACCCGAUUGUCGUUUACCAACAUCAAGGACAUUGCCACCUCAUCUUUCUCAACAUCAACAAAAUCAAGAAGUAUCCCCAGCGUUUAUACUUGAUGGUGGUGUUUAUCAAGGUCAGUCAACGCUAACACAGCCAGCUGACUGGAAUCCAAAAAGAAAAACUAUUGGCUCGCCAUUGUCGAUUCAACAACAACAACAACAACAACAGCGCCCUGAUUAUUAUCAACAAGCUAACAAAACUAUGUCGCCAAAUAUUUAUAACACUGUACCCGAUCCACGUACAGGAAACUCCGUGUCUAAUUAUUAUGCUCAUUCAAAUCAACCAUUAUCCGGUGAUACUUCAAUGCCGGGUAAUUUAGGUUAUCAUGACGAUCGUGCUGUACAUAUCCCGAGUAAUUUUGAUUCAGCACCAUCGUCAUUUUCAUCUCUUCCACAAUUUGUACCGAAUUCCGUCGGUAUGGGUCCUCGUUCCGUACCGAAGCGAUCAACAUUUAUACGAACACGUCAUUUCGAUACAUCCACAGAAGAUCUACUUCAUGAUCAUCACCAGCAGCACCACAAUCAACAACAACAACAACAACAACAUAAUGAAUAUACUUCUCAGUCACCGAAUAUUUAUGCUCCUCAAAAUAUACGCCCUACAUCAAAUACGCGAACAAUCCCAAUGUCGGCAACGUCCGGAAAUAAUUAUAAUAUACGACCUCCUCUAAUCCAUGGUGCACCGGAUUCUCAAAAUUCAAGUGGUCAAGAUUCCGGUUUAAGCUCUGGUGGUACUAGUUUCGAUCCUGAACAACAUCAUAUAUAUAACUUAGGCAAUCCAACAAAUACAAUGCGAUCUAUGACACCUACUGUAGACGCAUACGAUGUUCCGCAACCGAUCCCUAUACCUAAACGAAAAUCUCUACCAAGUAUAGUUACAACUAUACCUGGUGAUUAUAAAACUGAUGAAACCGCCCGAUCAAGUGAUAAUUUAAAAGAAAGAGAAACAUUUAUUAUUGAAAAUGGUAUACGUAAACGUGUUACCGCUCAAGCACCAGCUUAUACAGAAAGUGGUUCAAUUGUACCACAAGGAACUUUAAUGACGAGUAGUAGUGGUUCACCAAUACUUGCUCAUCGUGUUAUUCUCGAAAGUAUUACAAAAUUAGAUGUACCACAAUCAAUUAAGAAUAAUACCGGUGGAAAUAAGCGUGGCAGUAUGCCGACAGUCGUCAAUAUUGCUAGACAUCGACAAGAAGCCGCUAGCAUAUCCCGAGAGGAAGCAUCAAUCCUUGGUUCUCAACGACGUGAACAAAUACGACGUGAACGUGAUUUCGAUUCAACAGCUAUUGGUCGUGUUAAAGCUUUAUUACAGAAUGUCAUCUAUCGAAAUCGAGUGUUUAUUGCCAUAUUUUUUCUAAAUUUAUCCCUUGCUCUUUGGUUUAUUCAAUUGUUGAGAUGA